UGUUAUUUGUCAUUCGUAAUCAUUUGAUUUGUCACAUUAAUGUCAUUUUUUCCAAUGUAGCUUUUGUGAUGAUUGAACUAUGUAACUUCCAUCUCAUAAUAUUUUAAUUAUUAUUUAAUUCUGUUGUAUCUGAAGUUUUCUUUAUAGUCAGUAAAGCGAAAAAACAUCUAGCUAAACUGCAUGUUAAUGUUCACUAUAUUAUGAAAUAGCUUGUAUUUUUGGUUAAAAUAAUUUAUUUGGAAGUCUUAUAUCUGCUACUGUAACCGUUCAUAAUUGUAAACUGCAUAUUAUCGCCAACUAAUUAAGUUCCCGGAAAGUAUAUCAGGAAAAAUAGAUAAUAUAAUGGCGAAAGAAGAAGACGACGACAGUUUACCAGAUAAGGAUGCGGCUAGGGAGUUUUAUGCUAAAUAUGAGCCGAAAGAAAUUAUAGGAAGAGGUGUAAGUUCAACGGUAAGGCGGUGUAUAGAAAAAGAAACGGGUCGGGAGUAUGCGGCCAAGAUUAUCGACCUCAGUCAAGAGUCCCAGGAUGGAGUGGACACUCACACGAUGCGAGACGCCACCCGUCAGGAGAUAAAUAUACUGCGGAUGGUGGCUGGUCACCCUUAUAUUAUUGAACUACAAGACGUAUUUGAAUCGGAGACAUUCAUUUUCCUAGUGUUUGAGUUGUGUAAGAACGGCGAACUGUUCGACUAUCUCACGUCUGUUGUUACUCUAUCGGAGAAGAAGACAAGAUAUAUAAUGAGGCAAGUCCUAGAAGGUGUCCGGUAUGUGCACAGCAAAACAAUAGUGCAUCGCGACUUGAAGCCCGAGAACAUCUUGCUGGAUGAUCAACUCAACGUCAAGAUCACCGACUUCGGCUUCGCCAAGGUGCUAAAGGAAGGGGAGAAACUCUUUGAACUGUGCGGCACGCCGGGCUACCUCGCUCCGGAGACCCUGAAAGCGAACAUGUUUGAAGAUGCUCCCGGCUAUGAUACCGGGGUAGAUGUGUGGGCAUGUGGUGUCAUCAUGUUUACACUAUUGGUGGGUUGCCCUCCGUUCUGGCAUCGGAAGCAGAUGGUGAUGCUUCGGAACAUCAUGGAGGGGAAAUACUCCUUCACCAGUCCCGAAUGGGCUGAUAUAUCAGAUGAUCCAAAAGAUCUUAUUAGACGGUUUUUAAUGGUAGAACCAAACGACAGGAUCUCGCUUCAGGACGCGCUCAAUCAUUCGUUCUUCAAUCCCGUGUUGUGGGACCAGGAUAUGACGCCGCUCAAGAGAUCGUUGUCAUCCAGCAGCCGGAGGAUGUCUAGGAUCGAGCAGUUGACAAUGGCUAUAAAGUCUGGCGGGUUCAACGCGCGCGCCAAGCUGCGCCUGGGGCUGGUGGCGGUGCGGGCGGCGGUGAGGCUGCGCCGGCUGCCCACCACCGCCACCAGGGAGCUCUCGCUGCACGACGCGCUGCGGGACCCCUACACCAUGCGCGUGCUGCGGAAGGUGAUCGAUGGCUGUGCUUUCCGCGUCUACGGUCAUUGGGUGAAAAAGGGCGAAGGUCAAAAUCGUGCAGCUCUCUUCGAGAACACCCCCAAGACUGAAUUGAAGAGUUUGUACGUCAGUAACCUCAGCCGAUAACUGCUGCCCGCGGAGGGUAUCGGAGCAAUUCCUUGCCGCUUCUAGACUCCUAGUCAUUGGAGCAUUAGUACCAGGUUAUCAGAAACACAAGACACCGCGUUCUCGGUCCUGUGUUUUUGACUCAUGAAGUGUGUCAACGAGUGAUGUAGGUUAGUCAUAGAACUUUCGACCCUCCGUAGUAUACAUUUCAUACUUUAUUAGAACAAUUUAAUUAUGUACUCAGUUAUUGUAUAGUCGAAGUUACGUUGUAAUAACGUAAUGUUUUUAUUUCAAUAUAUUUGUUGUUAUAUUUACUCCAUCUGUAUGAAAAAGUAAUUAGUACCUUGCAGUACAUUUAGUUACACUUGAAAUUGUUAUUUUAGAGGAAGUCUAGAUUACUUUAAUCAGUAUAUCAAUAUCAAUAAUAUAUUUAUGAAUAAUUUAUUUAUUUUUAUUGUAAGUAUCUAAAUACUUUUAUAUAUAUUUGUUUUUUUACAAAAUUUGUAAUAUAACUAUUUUAUAUUUAACAAUAAUAGUAUUCAUGUGAAUAAUAAAUAAGGUUUUAUAUUCCCCUUUUCAAUCAUUGAUUUAAAAUAGGUUUUAUAUCCUAGUUCUAUUAUAGAAAAUGGUACAAAGCUACCCCUAAUAAGCAAUAAUGAUUGUAUGUGAUUUGGUAAUUAAUAGUUCAGUCUCGAUAAAACAUAAGGUUCACAAUGUAGAUAACUUUUAUUAUUAUAUAAAAUAUUCAGGUCAUAAACAAGAAUUAAAUUUUUGAGAGGUUUUUCUUAUAUUUUUACAGUAAUAUUACAUGCAAUAUUUAAUAAAAAUAUUAGAUAGAUAAAUUAUUCAAUUACAUCUCUCUAGUACACAUACAAUAACUGGAAUAUUAGACAACAAUAAACAAAGAAUAAAAAAAUUGCUAAAGAGAAACAAUAAAAGAACUAGUUUUACAAUUUUUAAUAACAAAAAAAUAUAUAAAGAUUAUUGGUGAUGAUUAUUAAUUGGCAUACAAUUCAAUAUGAACAGUAACAUGUAAAAUUACACCGUUAAUCUUACUAAAAUUAAUAAAUAUAAACACUACUGAUAAACCAAACAAAACAUAACUAUUAGAUCAAAUCAUGUAACAAAAUGAUCACUGUGUAUGACCAUUAUCUACAUAAAACGAGACGACUGAAAAAAUGAUAAAAAUAUGUAAUGAAACAAUUGAAAAUUAAAAAAAAAAAAUUAAUUCUGUAGUACUUUAAAAUUUACUGAGAAUUUAUCUAAAGAGGAAUCCCCUUUCCUAUGGAAAAGAAAUGAUUUAUUGUCGUACACGUAAAUGAAAUAUUUUUUACUAUUACUAAAUUAUAUUUUGAGAUUGUUAAUAAAACUAGAAAAUUAAGCGGCGAUUGGAAUUAUAUAUUUUAACUUAUUUGCACAUAAUGUACAUACAAAAUUACUAGUAAUUUUAAUAUUUUUAGUGAAAAAUGUGCCCAUAGAUAUAAAUAAAAAUAAGAAUGGAUACGCAUGUUACCCGUAAUUAAAGUAUGGAAAGUCAAGAAUUUCAUCUGUAUACCAUAUCUGUUGAAUUUCUAUAUCUUCACGAUAACUAGCAUGAUUGCAUUGCGUAAAAAAACAACAAUAAUAAUAUAUAGUAUAAAAGAAAUGAAAGAUAACUAAUGUUAUAUAGAGUAACUUAGGCGACUUUUAUUUUAGAAAUUGUAUAUCUUCACAUAGUAUAAAAUGAAGUGUCGCCGCUGUCUGUUCGUUUAUAUCUUUUAAUUUAUACAACGCAUUUUAAUAUCGUUUUACGAACUGUAAAACAAAAAUAAAAAGUGAUUACAAUUGUUGUAUUGAUAUGUAUAUGUUUUUAAAUAAGUACAGCUCACGUUAUUCGAUGAAAUUGUAGUUUUCUAUAAGUGAAAUAAAUAUUUAAUUUUUUUUUAAAUUAUUCAUUAUAAACAAAAAUGUAACGUAUGUACGUUUUAAAUUAUUUUUAUUGGCUUUAAUUAUUUAAACGGAAAGUAAAUUGAUACUUUUUAUGUAUUUAACGAUUUAAUUACAUUUUAAGCCUAGAUUUUUUUAUAAUUAUAUUUGCACCGCCUACAAUAAUUCCCUACGCC